UCCUCCGUUGUCGCACUGUAAAAGCUUCAGACCUUAGCUAGGUGACUAAGUCAUUCACUGAGGUACACCGCAGUAUAGGUGUGAGACGUAGCGCCUCCUCCUUCAAGUCCUUGUUGAUACCUUUAUCCUUUGCGUGUGAGUCUUAGAAACAUGUACGUGGUUCUUGUGCUGGCCAGCGCCCUGUGUGUGUGUACGGCGUUCCCGUUCGGCGCUCCCAAGGGCGCGUGUGUGGACAUGACGCCCGGGCACAUCUACUUCAACCUGACCAGGGUCUCCCCUCAGGGCACGGCCAGUCCGUACAGAAUCACCGUGGGGUCGAACCAGUACAUGUCAGGAGAAACUGUCAAGGUUGUUGUGUUGGUCGGGGUUCUGUCCCUGUGUAACGCCUAUCCGAACGGCGCUCCUAAGGAAGCGUGUGUGACCAUGACGCCGGGGCAUAAGUACGCCAACCUGACCAGCGUGCACCCACAGACCACACCGAGCCCGUAUCAGGUUAUGGUCGCCUCUAACCAGUAUAGCCCCGGAGCCACGCUCAAGGUCAUGAUUGUGGGCCCAGCGUUCCAAGGUUUCCUGCUACAAGCUCGCCACAACGGGAACGCCGGUCCGGUCGGGUCCUUCUCCAACGCGCCCACCAACACCAAGGCCGUGCAGUGUACCGCUGAGAACGACAGCAUGACACACGCCAACCCCAACACCAAACAGAACAUUACCCUCACCUGGACGGCGCCUUCUGACGCCAGGGCCGACAUCAUGUUCAUUGCUACCGUUGCGCAGGAAAAGAACGUGUUCUGGUUGAACAACACAUCCCCCAUGGUUACUCUGGAUCAAGGGUACAAGAAGGAGGUGUCAGGAAACCACGUAUGAAAGCAUGCAUGAUGUCCAUAUGGUCAGGCACUGAAACGUCCCAUUCUAGCACUUCUAUUGUAAGAUCAACGUGAAAUCUUGACAUGAUAAUUCUCUUAUCGCUGAACAAACAUACUCUAAGGUACAAAACAUGUAACUGGUUAUGUUAGUCUUCCCCAUAUAAAAAUUACCGUUAAUUU